AUGACUACCACCUCCCCCCUCCUUUCAACUAGAAACCCAGCUAUCGUCCUUGUCUCCGGCGCCUGGCACCAACCAUCAUCUUACACCUCUUUCACCACCGCUCUUCGCGGCCUCGGGCAUGAAGUCCACGUGCCCUGCCUUCCCUCAAUCAAUGGCUCCCGUCCCCCAAACGCUGGCCUAGAGGAAGAUAGUGUAUUUAUCCGCACCUGCGUGGAGAACCUCGUCUCUGCCGGCCGCGAGGUUCUGGUCCUACUUCACUCUUACGGCGGCCAGGUCGGAACAAAUGCCCUAUCCAACGGCCUCGGGGUCACAACCCGUCGCGCGCAGGGCCUCACUGGCGGCAUUGUUCAAUUAGUCUACAUCGCCGCUUUUGCGCUCACGGAAGGGGUCUCCAUGGUUGAGGUCGUCAUCUCUCACGGCCACGGUCAUUUGAUGGACGUGGCCUUUGACUUUGCCGAGGACCGAACUUGCAUCUCCCGAGACCCCAAGAGCCUCCUGGUCGGUCCAUCCGAAAAGUCAGACGAGGAAACUGACGCCUACAUUGCGUCCUUACAGCGGUGGAACGGGAAGGGCUUUGACGGCAAGCUCCAGCAUGUCGCCUGGCGACCUGAGGAAGGGGGUAUUCCUCAGAUUGGAUACAUCUAUUCAACCCAGGAUAUGACUGUACCCUAUGAUUACCAGAAGGAGUUUGUGCAGACUAUGCGGGAAGCUGGAUGUCAGGUUCGUACGUGGGAGUUGGAGACUGGACACUGUGCACUGUUCACCAAGUGUGAGGAGGUCGUGGAGAUUGUUCAUGGAUUAGCGACUGGAAAAUGA